UAGAGAGCACACCCAUUGCAUCAUCAUAAGGAUAUAUAAAGUACAGGCUAUUCCGUGUCAUGAAAUUUGUAAAGUCUCACCACAAUCACAUGAAUGUCUCUUUCUCUUCAGCUGUCUUUGUUAUGGUUGAUACAAAUACAUUAAUAAUUAUUUUUUUUCAUGUUAAUGUAGUAUAUACAGUGCUUUGAGUGAGCUUGUACAACUUUAUACUGAUAAUUAAGAUGCUAUUAUUUCAAUGUUAAAUUUGUGUACUUAAACUAAUUUAACCAUUUGAAUUCAUCAGCUGUUGCAGCUUACAGGAUCAUAAUGAACAGCACCAUUCCAAAGGAUCUGUUUUAUGACAUGUUCAUCAAGAACUUCAUCAGUGUAGUCCUCGGACUAAUCAUCAGCUAUAUCAAUGGGACAUUUGUGCUUGUCUUUUUCAAAAAUACCAUUUUCUGCAGUGACCCAAGAUACAUUUUAUACAUCCAUUUGGUAAUCAAUGACAUAAUUAUGCUGUCCAUUUCUGUGUUCUUACAAGUUGCAGCAUAUGUGUUUCGUAACGUCAAUGUAUCUGUUUGUUCUCUUGUGCUAUUAUUUGCAGUUAUAGUCACCAAGAACAAUCCACUAAAUCUGGCCUGCAUGGCCAUAGAGCGUUACAUUUCCAUUUGCAAACCAUUACAUCACCCACAAAUAUGCACAGUUCGCAGGACCUACAUUCUCAUCUGGUUCAUAUGGACUCUGUCAGCAGUGCCAGCUUUCAGUGAUAUAUUCAUCACAUUAUCAACUCAACCAGCAAGCUUUUUCUCAACUGUGUUUUUAUGCCACGGAUUGUUCAUUUACAACACCUGGCAACACACAGUCAAAGAUACUGUGUCGAAUGUUGUGUAUUUGUCAUUUGUGUGGGUUACGCUGAUCGUCACGUACUUCAAGGUUCUUUCCGCAGCAAACGCUGCUAGUGCAGAUCGAGUGUCUGCUAGAAAGGCCCGGAACACGAUACUGCUGCACGGAGGUCAGCUUUUACUGUGUAUGAUGUCCUACGUCACCGCACUCGUAGAUUCAGCACUUGUAGAUCUUUUUCCUCAGAGUCGAUCAACUAUUCUCUUUAUUCUGUAUUUGUUGUCAAAUGUUCUACCAAGGUUACUAAGCCCACUAAUCUACGGCUUGAGAGAUAAGCAAUUUUCUAAGCGUAUCAAAGUGUAUUUUUAUUGCAAACAAGUAAGUACACAGAUAAUUCCAGUGAAGUAA